CCUGUCGAUGCUCUGCGCCUUCAAGUUCGGCAUCUUCCUCUUCUUCGCCACCUGGAUCACGGUCAUGACCAUGUUCGUCUAUGUUUUCCUGCCGGAGACCAAGGGCGUGCCCAUCGAGGAGAUGGUGCUGCUGUGGAGGAAGCACUGGUUCUGGAAGAAGGUGAUGCCGGACAUGCCGCUCAAGGACGGGUGUGGAGAAGGGGACGGUGGGCGUGCUGACAAUAAGGGCCACUAGUGAGUGAUGAAGAUAAUUUGGAAUCAGUUGUUGUGCAUUGUUUGUUGGUUAGAUCCUGUAAGACACAG